AUGCAUAACAUUCGUCCGUCGCGCGACGGGCCUGCUGCGAACCCGUCGACAUCUUCGAACCGCUCCGCGGACGCAUCAUCUCGAUCUUCAGCGUCGCCGCCCUCGUCGUCGUCAUCAUCGUCGCACAACAUGCUGCCUCCAUCACAGUCUACGCUUCGCUUUCCCUCCCAAGCCGCGUCCACCUCUAAUCCAUCUUCGAGCCACGCACCAACACCGCGUCAUAGCAUGCCACCUCCAAAUCCUGCGAACCCCCCCGCCAAUGGUCCCGCUCCCGUCUCCGGCCCAAGCGCAGCGAAACCAUCCUCCGCACCUCCACCGGCAUCGAACACGACGCUUGGCAACUAUCAGCUGGGCGACUGCCUUGGUCGCGGCGCGUUCGGUUCCGUCUAUCGAGGGCUCAAUUACAUGAACGGCGAAACCGUCGCUGUCAAGCAAAUACAGCUCGGCAACAUUCCCAAGGCAGAACUCGGCGAGAUCAUGUCCGAGAUUGACCUGCUGAAGAAUCUUCAUCAUCCCAACAUUGUCAAGUACAAGGGUUCUGAAAAGACCAGAGACUACCUCUACAUCAUCCUCGAGUACUGCGAGAACGGCUCGCUACACCACAUCUGCAAGCGCUUUGGCAAGUUUCCCGAAGGUCUCGUCAGCGUCUACAUCUCUCAGGUGCUCCAAGGUCUCAUCUACCUCCACGACCAGGGUGUCAUCCAUCGUGACAUCAAGGGCGCAAACAUUCUUACCACCAAAGACGGCUCCGUCAAGCUCGCCGAUUUCGGUGUCGCCACCAAGACGGGCGCAAUGAUCGAAAACGCCGUCGUGGGUAGCCCCUACUGGAUGGCUCCCGAAGUCAUUGACCAAAGCGGUGCAACCACAGCAAGCGACAUCUGGAGUGUUGGCUGCGUCGUUGUGGAAUUGCUCGAAGGAAAGCCACCGUACCACUUUCUUGCCCCCAUGCCCGCUCUCUUCCGCAUCGUCCAAGACGACUGCCCGCCCCUCCCCGAAAGCGCAUCGCCUGUCGUCAAGGACUUUCUUCUCCACUGCUUUCAAAAGGACGCCAACUUGCGAGUCUCGGCUCGCAAGCUUCUUCGACACCCUUGGAUGGUCAGCGCUCGCAAGCAGCUCGAGCAGCUCAAGUCAGGCGGCUCUCUGCGCAUAGGAGGAGGCGUCGCACUCAACACGCCCCACGAGGAAGCUGUCAAGAGCGUUAAAGAGUGGAACCAAGCCCUCAAGGAGCCGCCUAAACAGGCCCAUCAGCGACUGCACGAGCCGGAGACGCUUCGAGCGCCAAUGCAGCCGAGUCUGCGCCGCGUCCAUGCCAUCGCUGCAGAGCUCGGCACUGCAAAGCCGCUCGGUGGUCGCAAAACGCGACACACUAGCCGUCCGACAUUGCCUGCCGACUUCAGCCCGCCGCCCGCCAUGCCACGCAAGGAACCAGCCAUGGCACCUGCUCCUCGCACCUCGUCCAAGCUGCUCAGCGCUUUGAAUGAGGCCAUGCCCGCGUCGUCGGCCAACGUCUCACCUGCGACAAACAGCAAGCCUCCAAUUUCGCCGGCCAACGGAUCUGGCUUCCGAACGCCCAUUGCCGGAGCUGCGCCCGCCACCUCCCUCUUGAAUCAUCGUGUCAAGCUCGCAGAUCUGCAGCAGCCAGAGAACGUCGAUGACAACUGGGACAACGACUUUGAGGACAACAUUACCACCACCAAGAUUGCCGCUGCUCUCGAGAGGACAGCGUCAUCCGAAGGCAAGGACGGUGCCGCACCCCAAAAAGGUGCCGUUUCCGUGGCUACCCUUGGCAAAGUCCCAUCCUCUGCGUCUCCGCCUGCUGCUGCGCAAGACUCUCCCACGCCAUCACCGCCUCGUCAAGGAGCUUCGGAAGCCGAAUUUGAUCAGCGUACCAUUCGUCCAGUCGCCGCUCCACUCCUCCGCAACGCAGCUUCGUCACCUCAAGUCCGCGACUCUCCUGACGCAAGCAAGGAAAAUGUCUCGCCUCUAGCCAGCUUUGCGAACGAGGAUGACGGUGACGACGACUACUCCGAUCUCGUCGGCGACGGGCAGGAAGAUGUUCUCAACAAACGCAUCCGCGAUCUUCAGAUGAAGAACAGCGUCGGAAAGCAUCUAUUCCAUCCCAACGACCUCACUCGUAUCGCCAAUUCAGGCGCUGCUGGAAAGACAACAUCCUCAUACGGCGAUCUGAGUCCAGUGUCCCCGUCUCGCCCAUCGGACAGACGCAGGCAAGCCUCAUCCGAGGCCUUGCGAAGCUCAUUGGCCGCCUCCGCAAGCCGAGUACCUUCCAAUCCUGCAAGUCCACAGACCACGAUGCGCCUUGAGAAGGACGAAAAGUGGAAGCAGAUGCGCCGUACGCUGGGUAAAUACUCCGAGGAUCACUCUUCCGAAGAUUACUCGGACCUCUUUGGGAAAGCGGACGAGGGCGGCAACAGCAGAGACGACAGUGUCGGCAGCGGCAACACUCUUCAGCUCACCGCUCGCCUCUCAAAUCGGUCGUGGCUUCGCGACGACGAUGCAGACGAGGAUGACCCAUUUGCCGAGAUCGACGAGGGUUUCAAUGCAGAAGCCGACCUCGAGGCCAAUGUCGCGAGAGACCAGCACGCACGCAUGUGCGCUUUUGUCACCGAGUUGGUCGAGUCGCUCGACACGCGAGCUGGUGUCGACGAGCUUCUUCAGGUAUGCGAGGAUAUCGAUCAGGUCCUGACUGAUAUGCCCGAGAUGAAGUCUCAGCUUCUCGCCUCACACGGUGCGCUGGCGCUCAUACAGCUGCUCGAGGCAGCCACGGAUCGCGAAUUGGCUACCCGGCUGCUAGGUAUCCUCAAUCUCGUUAUCUUUGAAGACCCGGAAGCCCAAGAGAGCCUCUGCCUCAUUGGCGCCAUCCCUGUCGUCAUGACAUUCACCACCAAAAAGUGGCCGCACGAUCUUCGACUCGAGGCUGCGCACUUUGUCUUUGCCAUGUGCUCGACAUCGCGACUCACACUCCAAUUCGUCCUCAGCUGCCGUGGACUACGCACGCUGGUCAACCUCAUCGACGAGGACUACCUCGAACAGAAGGAUCUCGUCUGGAUCGGCGUUGGUUGUGUCAGCAGUGUUCUCGAGCUGCAGAGCCCUGCCUCGCGGAACGACUUUUGCCGCAUGCUGGCACAGGAGGGACUCCUCGAGCCCCUUUCUUCCGCGCUGCAGAGCGUCAUCGACGACGAUCAGGACGAGUAUGCUUCAGAGGCCCGCGCCAACAUCCUUCAGAUCCUGCUCAUCUACUCGCAAUCCGACAACUUCCUCAAGAAGCAGGUUGCUACGCGCAGCGUCCUUCGUCGUAUCUUGCGUUCGGCAUCUAGACUCGACGCCGAGUCUUUGACGCUGAUGCUCAAGAUCGUCAAGAAUCUGUCCAUGUCACCGACCAUCUUGGAUGAAAUGCAGAACGCCAACACGAUCGAGAUCCUCACCAACAUCCUCUCGCAGCAUCAUGGUGGUUCACACGGCACGGAGAUGUCGAAUCAGGUGCUCAACACCAUGUACAACCUCUGUCGGCUGUCCAAGUCGCGCCAAGAAGAAGCUGCGCAGGCUGGCAUCAUUCCUCAGCUGCUGCGCGUCGCUCGCACGAAUUCACCACUGCGACAGUUCGCACUCCCCAUCCUGUGCGACUUUGCGCAUGCAGGUAAAGCCACGCGAAAGAUGUUCUGGCAGCACAAGGGUCUCAAUUUCUACCUCAAGCUGCUCGAAGACCCGUACUGGCAAGUGUCUGCGCUGGAGAGCAUCCUCGUCUGGCUCCAGGACGAGUCUGCACGAGUCGAAGAGGUCCUGCUGCAGCCUGCGGCGAUCGAGGCGCUGCUGUACGUGUUUGCUACCAGUAAAGCCAACUCGUUUGAGAACCUGUUGGAACCCUUCGUCAAGAUUUGUAGACUGUCGAGCGGCGUCGUGGCUGCCUUGGCACGCAACACGCUUUUCGUCAAGAGACUGCUCGAGCGUCUCUCGCAUCCCAAGGCGGUUGUCAGACUCAACCUGCUGAGGAUCACCAAGAUGAUGUGCGAUCUAAAAGGCGACAGCCACUCGCCGCUGGUCGAGCAGCUCAAGGUGUACGACGUGGUGGAGAAGCUCAGCAGCAAGGACACUGCGGUGCUGGUCAAGGAGCUGGCGCGCGAUAUCCUCGGACAACGUCAUCUGCAGCGGGAGGCUGGCAGGUCGGUCAGGAGGACACUGUCAGAUACUCAUGUGGGAGAGGGCGCGCGUGUCUCGAGCAGCCCGAGCUCGAUGCCGCCGCCGCUCGGCAGCGCAGCGCUGGGUCAAUUGGUGGGUAUGCGAGCAUCUGCUCCGUAUCGACGCAAGAUCUCAAAUGGCACCAGUGGCGAUGCGGGGGACAUGUCUUCCAGCAGCGUUGCCAACUCGACCAUCCACGAGCGAUCCAUCUCGGGCUCAUUGACCGGAUCAUCUCCGUCGACAUCGCUGGCAGGCACGCCUUCGUCCGCGCGAAGUUCGGCGAUGCGCAAUCUGGUCGGCAGGCUCGGUCAGCCACGUCGAUCCAUCACCCCGAAUCGGGAGUUGAUGCUGAACGCUGCCGCGUCUGGGUUCGGUUCUAGAGGUGCGUCGCCACUGAUGCCCAUGGAUCCACUUCCGCAGGGCGAGGCAGUCCGACUGAGGCAGAACUCCCAACCGCAGAUGGGCUCGUCGAGAGCUGCUGGAGACGCAUCACCCGAGUCGAUGUCAGCGAGCAGAGACUCUGUCGAAAAGAGGGCCGCUGUCAGCAGCCCACCGAUGGGCCAUCUAGGCUUGUCGCGCGCGAUGAGUCCGCGCGUCAGAAGCAUCUCGAACGAGAUCAAGCGCGCAGCUGCUCUCGCCAAUCUUGCCAAUUCGGAGAAUGCAUCGCCUCGGAAGAGUGCUAUGCACGUAUCCGUCGAUGCCAGUGUAACGAGGGGGAAGAUGGAGGGAUUUGAGGAUGAGGAUGACGAUGGAGGAGAGGUAUUCAGUGCGGAUAAGGAUCGGACGAUGAGGCCUCCGUCGAGGAGGCCGAUCCCUUCACUUCCGGCUAGUCAUCGCUCGCCUUAG